AUGACAACGAUAAACCCGAAACUGAUCAAGCGCUUCGAGGCCACGACCGUCUACUCCCACCCCGCGCGACCGCCGAUAUCAUCUUCGUCCAUGGCCUCAACGGCGGCCCAGCCCACACCUGGACGGGCAAGAACGACCCUCGGCGGUAUCCUGCUGAAGCGGGCGCUCCUCUACUCCAACGACGUGCGCGACCCGGCUCUCGAGAUCCAGCGCUCCCUCUACGUGUCGACCUACGGCAUCAUUUUCCUCGGUACGCCGCACACGGGUUCUAAUCUCGCCUCGUGGGGCCGCAUCCUGCAGGCCAUGUCCGGGGUCGUGCCCAAGAAAAUACUCAACACGGAACCCGUGCUCUUAAAGACGCUGAAGAAGGACAACGUCGUCUUGCAAGAGAUUAAUAAUCACUUCCUCGACAUAUACCAGCGUUUCAAGAUUCACAUGGUCCGGGAGAACAAGAAGACGGACCUAAAAUACACGGUCGAUUAUGUUGUCGACAACAAAUCGGCCGGCCCACAAUUGCCGGGCGUAACGUAUUACAGCAUCGAAGCCACUCAUUCCACCAUGUGCAAGUUCGAGACGGCAGAAUCGCCCGGGUACUCCAACGUCUCGAGCGCGAUACGAGACUGGAUUCAAGAAGCGCCCGACUCGAUUCAGAUGAGAUGGACUCUUGAGGAGGAAGAAAGGAAUGCCCGGGCGAUGAACGCCUUCAACCAGAUGGCGAAGCAACUGGGCUCUCCGCUCCCCGCACACCCUGUCGCAAGUCCUAGCCCGGCCGUAUCGCCGGCACCGCUUACCAUUCACCCAUACCAGUUUAAGCCCAACGCGUACUUCAAGGGCCGGGAGUCGGAGCUCGAACAGCUCCACUCGUACCUGAGGAACCCGGACCGCCUCGCCGCCGGAACCUCUGCGGUGCUGCUCCAGAGCUUGCCCGGUGGCGGCAAAUCUCACCUCGCCCGUCAGUAUAUCCAGAUCCACGGGUCCAGCUACCCGGGCGGGGUGUUUUGGAUUCGGGCCAAGUCGGAGCAGGAGAUGGCGGACGCGUUUUGGAAGAUUGCGUCGUCCAAGAUCAUCCAAGACUCGGACGACCAGUCGUGGCGGCGGGGCGCCUUAGAACCGAACAAGAUGGUGGAGACUGUGCGGCGCUGGUUCGAGAGCUUCGAAGGGUGGCUUAUCGUGUUUGACGGCAUCCACUUUGACGGCCGGCACGAGCCCGACUUCAUCCCCCACGCCAAGAACACGAGCAUCCUCUACACCUCGACCAACCGGGCCGCGACGGGAGACUACCGGUUCGACAACCCGAUGCUGAUGGAGCUCGGUCAGCUCUCCAAGGAGCAGGCACAGGAGCUCCUCCUCGAGGAGAUGGGCAAGCAGCCGCCCUUCCACAAGUUUGACCUUCUCCAGGCGGGCAAGGCGCACCUCAAGGUGACGCGGGAGCCCUUGGCCAAGUACACGAGGUCGUUUAACCACACGCGCGAGGCGGGCAUUCUCGAUGCCUACAAGAACGUCAAGGAGGAUCUGCAGCGGCGUGGCGCGGUCGAGGCCUUGAACCUCGUGCACAUCUUGUGCUUUUUUGCGCCUAUUAUCCCGGUCGAGAUGUUGGUGCUUGGCCUUGGCGCUCUUGACAACCGUACGCCAAUCAAGACGGCCGAUGCAUUCAACCGCAAGAGCAUCAAUAACACGCUCAGCAUACUUAUUAGGUAUGCGCUGGUGGGAAGGAACGAAGACGAUGGGGGUUCCAACACGUCGUCGCCAAACAAGCAUCGGCACGGGCAUACCAAGCGCAUGGCGCCCGAAUUUCUCGACACGCUGAGGAUCCACAGCAUUAUCCAGCGGUUCUUCCGAAACGACCUCGGGUCUUCGCGACAGAUAGCAUUUUGGCUGGAGCGUGCGAUUGCGGUGUACUGCCGCUCGUUCGACGUGGCCAACGUGCGAAUCGGGCGAAGCUCUCGAGUGGGUCUUCCCGAUGACUACAGGCGGUACCGGAUCCACGGAGAGCAGCUUCUCAAGCACGUGGACCGACUAGUGAAGAAGCAUGAGAGCCUUUUGGGAGAGUGCAAGCUGCAGCUCGAGGAGCGAUUGGACUUGGUGGAAGUGGCGGUGGAGAAUCUCACCAAGGUGGUCUCGAUUGACAUUAUGAGCGGGCGAGUCGACAAGGUGCCCAAGUCGGUGUUUGAGAUCUCGUCGAGCAGCUGCUCGGACUCUUCGUCGUCGCGGACGUCGGAUCGAGCGACGCCGGUGAGGGAGGAUGGGGAGGAGGGCGGGGUCGGGGCUCGCGACGGCCGAAUUGGUGCUUGGGUGUUCCACGAGGAGGCCGGGGUGGUAGAGUCGCCCGGCAUCUACGACGAUAUGGCUCACCAUGACUGGCACGAUUUCCCUUACCCACGGGUCAACAUGAUUCCCAUGCCGCUGCUACCAGAAGACCUGGACCCGUCGGAUACGGAGUACAGCAGGACGCCCCGGCCGCCAAUGCCGUUUUACGGUGAGGGCAAAUCCAGGGACGACCCGGCGCACCAUAGGACGGUCAAGAAGAUGGAGGAGCGGCGGUACAACGACCGCAAGGCGUCAAUGAGGGAGAUGGGAGGCAUGACGGCGGCAACGGUGGGCCCCGCGGCGGACCCUCGCAUCCACGUGACGCACGACAACGCCAAGGGGAGGAUGUUCAACUCGAUGCCGUCGGACCUGACGGAGGACGAGGCGGCGGCGGUGCGGGCGGAGCGCGAGAGGAGGAGCGAGGCCAAGUCGCAGCUGAUGAGGAUAUCCUCGGCCCAGUCCCUAGCCGGGGCGGUGUCGGGCGGGGCGAGCAGCAGCCCCAAUGCCAGCAACAAUGGCAACGGAAACAACAAUAACCGGUCUCACAAUAUCUUGCAGCUGCUUACGAUGGCGAUUAAGAGGAACGUGGGGCAAAAAGAGGGGUACGAUGUCGACGACGUGGUCGCCUUCAGCAAGUACUGUGCCCCGGAUCUCCGCUCACCGACGGCGUCUGGGCCGUCGUCGUACGGGGUACACCGUAUCUGA